UCUUUACCUACUAGUGGCAUAGCACCUACUAGUGGAGCAUGCGCAAAUAAUAGCUCGGCUUAGUUCGUGAGAUGAUCGUUGCAUUCAUUGCUGACGUCCGGAAUAUAUCUGCUAUGUCGCGCAGGUCGCAGACGUAAAUGACUUCGCUGUGUACAAGUGUUAGUACACAGACUUAGUUGUCAACGAUAUUAUCGAAUGCUCAGCGACUCUUAUUCUUGUCAUUUGCAAGCGGUUCGAUACAGCGGUUAGAUAGUGCGACAGGCCAACGCAGUAGUCUUUAAAGUUAGCUCUCAGAGUUCAACUGCUCCAACAAGUCUCGCUCCAAGAAGUCUCCCUGACAGAAUAGGGGAUCCGCUACUCACAAUUAGACUAUAUAAGACCGGAAGAAGUUUGAAGAAAAUAUCAGUGCUUCAAAAUCAAACGUGCUUGCAGAACGGCCUCAUCAUGUCUAAGACCAAGGAUAUUACCAAGUUCUCAACUGAACAAUUUCAGGAAUUUCUAAUGUCCUUCGACAUAGUGAUGUGCGAUAUUGACGGAGUCCUAUGGCAUCUAAAUAAACCUAUUGAAGGUGCUUCUGGGUCUUUAGUGACAUUGCAAAACUUGAAAAAAGAAGUGUAUCUGGUAACGAAUAAUAGCACAAAGUCAUUAGAAAGUUUCUAUAAAAGUCUUCAAUACAAAUGUUUAAAUUUAAAUUCAGACCACGUAAUCAAUACCAUAAAAUUAAUUACUUGGUAUUUGAAAAAGAUUGAUUUCCGCGACGAAGUUUUCGCCAUUGUCCCGGAAGCAGCAUGGGAAAUGUUAAAAGAAGCAGGAAUACGAUUAACGGAACCACCAAAGGUUUUUCAAACAAAUAUACCUGCUACCGUAAAGGAAGUAUUGGACCGACCGUCCGUUAAAGCUGUAAUUGUUGAUUUUGAUGUCAAUUGCAAUUGGUCGAUGUUAGCUUUGGCUAUAUCGUGCCUCAAACGUAAGGACGUACUAUAUAUAGCAGGAGCAACAGACGAAUGGUUAUUAAUACAACCUCAAAUUACAAUCUUAGGUCCUGGACCAUUAAUAAACAUUAUCAGCGAGCAGAGCGGAAGAAAGCCAAUUUUAUGUAGUAAACCUAGUCAAAAUUUAAAAGACUACAUUUUAGAUAAAUGCAAUGUGACGGAUCUACGAAGAUGUUUAUUCAUUGGUGAUUCGAUUAAUCAAGACAUGAAAUUUGCUUCGAUGUGCGGAUGCAUAAAGCUUUUUGUCGGCACGGGAUGCGAUACAUUGGAACAGGCACAAAAAGAAGACGACACCUGUCCGGACUAUUAUCUUCCUAGUUUAGGUCAGCUGUUUUCCGUCUAUAACGAUCCACAAUGUCAACGUACUGUCAAUCACAAAAAUAGUUAAUAUUUCGUGCUUCGAGAAAAUGAGUAAUUAUCAAUGACAAUAUCAGUCACUCAAAUCGACGAUGUUAUUUACAAUUAAUUAUUAUAGUUAAUUAGAUUUGGGAAUGUUACUUCAUGUUAGAAAUAACGUGUUACAGUUACUUCUUACUAAUUUUAAAAAAUAACGCGUUACUGUUGAAUUGCAUUUAAAUAGGAAUAUUUCAAUAAAUUUUAUAUAUCAAUA